AUGGCCCCUACCGUCUUGAUCACAGGUGCAACAGGCUUCAUUGGGUCUCGCGUUGCCCUUGAGGUUUUGCAGGCCGGAUACCGCGCACGCCUCUCUAUCCGACGCCCCGAACAGGCUGAGAAGUUGCGCCGCAUAUUCAGCAGCCAUCUCAGUAAUAUUGACUUCAUCGUUGUGAGCGACAUUACGGUCACUGGGUGUUUUGAUGAGGCAAUCCAGGACGUGCAAUAUGUUGUACAUGUUGCAUCACCACUUCCAGAUCGAAACAGCGACCUUUUGAUUCCUGCAAUGCAGGGAACAACAUCCAUAUUGGAGUCUGCUUGCAAAAAUUCAUCUAUCAAGAAGGUUGUUGUCACAUCUUCAAUAUCAUCAUUUAUGCCCCUGGCUGGUCAACCGCACGGGACAGUGAUUACCGAGGAUACUGGAGUUCCCUAUGAUGCGAAGCAGGGCAUCUCGUCUUUGCUUGACCCCAUGGUACAGUACCGCGCGAGUAAGGUAGCCUCCUAUCAAGCGAUCAUCGACUUUGUACAAGAGCACAACCCACCGUUUGAUGUGACAACAUUUCAUCCAUCUUGGGUUUAUGGUCAAAAUCCGGUGCAAGAACCACAUGACAAUCUGAGUGGAAGUUGCGGAGCCCUGGUACUCACUCUUCUGUCGUCAGAAAAGCCCAUCAAUGGUCAGUUUUUGGGGGUUCAUGUUGAUGAUGUCGCUGCGGCACACGUCAAGGCAUUGGGUAGUUCCACACGAGGCUUCCAGUCCUUCUUACUCUCUGCUCCACGCCGGUCAUGGAAGGAGGUGAACGAGUUCGUCCGACAACAAUACCCCUCCGUCGCCUGGAAGUUGAUUCCAGAGGACUGGAUGAACUACGCGGUGGACUCGAGUAGAGCUGAGAAAGAGCUCGGUCUCAAAUUCAAGUCAAUGGAGUAUCAAGUGAGAGACACCGUUGAUCAGCAGUUGGAGUUUGGGAAGUUGCCGGUUCAGUCUGUUCUGUAAUUAUAAAGCAAAUCGUAUGAGACAGUAAUAUCAUAUAAAAUGCAAUUUUUAAGAACUAUAUAUGCUGUGGACUGAAGAAC